AACGUCCAGUUGCUGAUAAUGAGCGGAUGUUUGAUGUCCUGCAAAGAUUCGGAAGUCAGAGGAAUGAAGUUCGUUUCUUCCUUCGUCAUGAACGCCCCCCUGGCAGGGACAUGGAAAGAGGUGAAGUCAUCUGAAAGUGAUGCUGGAGGCGGCCGGCACUUCGAGCUGUUGCGGAGACUAGGAGAGAACCCCUGUGGGGGAAGCCAGCUCGCUGGGUCCCUGGAGGCCGAUUGACCUCCCCGAGAGAGCAUGGAGACCCUGAGACCACGGGCCACUUUUCUCCAGCCCAGAGCGUCGAAAGAGGAGAAAAAGAUGAUUAGAUUGACCCAAGUGAGUGGACCAAGAUCUCAGGAUCCAAAUUUAAAAAGAAACGGUGCGAAAGUUCCCAGUGGCCACCGCAGGAAGGAGAACGGCGUUCAUAGUCCUAGGAUGGAUCUGACUCUUGCUGAACUUCAGGAAAUGGCGUCUCGCCAGCAGCAGCAGAUCGAGGCCCAGCAGCAGAUGCUGGCUACCAAGGAACAGCGCUUGAAGUUUCUGAAACAGCAAGAUCAGCGUCAGCAGCAACAGGCUGCUGAGCAGGAGAAGCUUAAGAGGCUAAAAGAAAUAGCUGAGAAUCAGGAAGCUAAGCUGAAGAAAGUGAGGGCACUUAAAGGCCACGUGGAGCAGAAGAGACUGAGCAACGGGAAACUUGUGGAGGAAAUUGAACAGAUGAAUAGUUUGUUCCAGCAAAAGCAGAAGGAGCUCGUUCUGGCUGUGUCCAAAGUAGAGGAGCUGACGAGGCAGCUGGAGAUGCUCAAGAACGGCAGGGUCGACGGCCACCAUGACAACCAGUCCGCGGUGGCUGAGCUCGACCGUCUGUACAAGGAGCUGCAGUUGAGAAACAAAUUGAAUCAGGAGCAGAAUGCCAAGCUGCAGCAGCAGAGGGAGUGUUUGAACAGGCGGAAUUCCGAGGUGGCGGUCAUGGACAAGCGUGUGAACGAGCUGCGGGACCGGCUGUGGAAGAAGAAGGCAGCGCUGCAGCAGAAGGAGAACCUCCCGGUCUCACCUGAUGGAAGUCCGCCUCAGCAGGGGGUGUCGGCCCCGAGUCGCGUGGCUGCGGUCGGUCCCUACAUCCAGUCGUCCACCAUGCCGCGGAUGCCGCCCCGGCCUGAACUGCUGGUGAAGCCAGCUCUGCCAGACGGUUCCUUGGCCGCGCAGCCCGCAGAGGGGCCCCUGAAAGUCCACACGCUGCCCAACAUGCGGUCCGGGGCCGCUUCGCAGACGAAAGGUUCUAAAAUCCAUCCACUUGGUCCCGACUGGAGUCCAAAUGCAGAUCUUUUCCCGAGCCAGGCCUCUGCUCCGGUACCCAAAAGCUCCGGGAGUGCUCCAGACCAAGCUGAUGAUGGGGAGGUUCCCCUGAGGGAGAAGGAGAAGAAAGUUCGCCCCUUUUCAAUGUCUGACACAGUCGACCAGUCUGCUGUCCCUCCCUCGUUUGGGGCUCUGAGGAAGAAUCAGAGCAGUGAAGACAUCUUGCGGGAUGCUCAGGCUGCAAAUAAAAAUGUGGCAAAAGUACCACCUCCUGUUCCAUCAAAACCCAAACAGAUUAAUUUGCCUUAUUUUGGACAAGGGAAUCAGUCACCAUCAGACAUUAAGCCAGAUGGAAAUUCUCAGUUGUCAACAGCUAUCACAUCCAUAGGAAAUAAACCCAAAACAGCAGGGCAGCAGCAGAGGGUACUGCUGUCCCCUGGUGUACCUUCAGGUGGCCAGGACCAAACCCUUAUUCCAGGUUCCAAGCAAGAAAGUCCACCUGCUGCUGCUGUCCGGCCCUUCACCCCCCAGCCUUCCAAGGACGCCCUGCUUCCCCCCUUCAGAAAACCCCAGACCGUGGCGGCCAGCUCAAUAUACUCCAUGUAUACACAGCAUCAGGCUCCUGGAAAAAACUUCCAGCAGGCCGUGCAGAGUGCGUUGACCAAGACACAUCCCAGAGGGCCACACUUCUCCAGCGUCUAUGGCAAGCCUGUGAUAGCCGCUGCCCCCAGUCCCCAGCAGCUCCCAGAGCACAUGUACGCCAGUAACCAGGGCAAACCCGGGAGGCCGGAACCAGAAACAGAGCCUGCUGCUUCGGUUCAGGAGAACCAUGAAAACGAAAGAAUUCCUCGACCACUCAGCCCAACCAAAUUACUGCCUUUCUUAUCGAAUCCUUACCGAAACCAGAGCGAUGCGGACUUAGAAGCCCUACGAAAGAAACUGUCUAAUGCACCACGGCCCCUAAAAAAACGGAGCUCUAUUACGGAGCCAGAGGGUCCAAAUGGGCCGAAUAUUCAGAAACUUUUGUACCAGAGGACUACCAUCGCUGCCAUGGAGACCAUCUCUGUGCCGUCAUACCCGUCCAAGUCGACCUCGGUGACCGCCGGCUCGGAAAGCCCAGUAGAAAUCCAGAAUCCGUAUUUAUGUGCAGAGCCGGAGAAGGAGGUAGUCUCUGUGGUUCCUGAGCCAGUGUCCCCAGAGGAAGCCGGGAGCGCCAGUGCGGGGAACAGUGACCUGCUAGCUCCUUCUCCGGGCCUUGAUUAUGUGCCUGAAGGAGUCCCAGACAGCAGCCCAACCUUCCAGAGUAGCGUGGAAGAACCAAAUCCAGAGGCUCCCCAUCUGCUCGAAGUGUACCUGGAGGAGUACCCCCCGUACCCCCCGCCGCCGUACCCGUCAGGGGAACCCGAGGCGCCAGGGGAAGAUGCUGGGAGCAUGCGUCCGCCUGAGGUCACCGGGCAGGGGUCUCUGCCUCCCGGCAAAAGGACCAACUUGCGUAAAACUGGUUCAGAGCGAAUUGCUCAUGGAAUGAGGGUGAAAUUCAACCCCCUUGCUUUACUUCUGGAUUCAUCUUUGGAGGGAGAAUUUGACCUUGUACAGAGAAUUAUUUACGAGGUUGAUGACCCAAGCCUGCCUAAUGAUGAAGGCAUCACAGCUCUUCACAAUGCUGUGUGUGCAGGUCACACAGAAAUCGUGAAGUUCCUGGUGCAGUUUGGCGUGAACGUCAAUGCUGCUGACAGCGAUGGAUGGACUCCGCUGCAUUGUGCAGCCUCCUGUAACAACGUCCAGGUGUGUAAGUUUUUGGUGGAGUCGGGAGCCGCCGUGUUUGCCAUGACGUACAGUGACAUGCAGACUGCCGCCGACAAGUGCGAGGAAAUGGAGGAGGGCUACACCCAGUGCUCCCAGUUUCUUUACGGAGUUCAGGAGAAAAUGGGCAUCAUGAACAAAGGAGUCAUUUAUGCUCUUUGGGAUUAUGAACCUCAGAAUGACGACGAGCUGCCCAUGAAGGAGGGGGACUGCAUGACGAUCGUCCGCAGGGAGGACGAGGAUGAGAUCGAGUGGUGGUGGGCACGGCUGAGUGAGAAGGAGGGCUAUGUGCCCCGCAACCUGCUGGGGCUAUACCCAAGAAUUAAACCAAGACAAAGGAGUUUGGCCUGAAACUGUAUAGAAGUAUAGUUAAUGAAGAAUUAAUCUCUGUUAUCACUAAGAAGUAAUAUGAUUGUUUUUGGCACAAAUUUCACAACUUAUUUUAAUGACAAUGUAACUUGAAAGCCAUGAAGAAUGUGCUCUGGAAGAAAAUGAAGGGUUGAAGCACUCACUGUCAGUGGGGGGCAUUCAGCACCGUGAACGGAGCGCCUACGUAAGCCGACCUAACGGCGCUGGGGUUCCAGGUGCACUCAGAAGGAUGCUCAGUGACAAUCUUGUUUCCCACAAGAAGUGGUACCAUUUAUUGGGCUGCUGGGAAAUCAGCUCCAUGUCCUGCUCCACUGGAGUUUUUCAGCACCUGCCCUCGUACCUGUCCUCCCACCGGAAAGGACUAGCGCCAUCACGGCGCCACCUCUGAUUGUCCCCCAGCACUAGCAGGCCCUCGGGACCCACACGAAGGCUCGAAGGUGUCGCACCCCUGGAUGUCGUCAGUGAAGAAUUGUUGGCUGGUCGUCAGUGAGCAAUAACUUUGUUACAUGAGUUCUCGUAGCAUUUUAAAAAUUAUACGUGUAUUUGAAGUAUUGAAAGCAAGCUACACUACAGGUAAUUAGGUUUAGAAUCUUGUUUUUAGGCUGAAUUUGAAUCUAUAUUUAUUGCCUUUUGUAUCUUGGAAAUUAGAGAUUUGUUAUAGAUUUACCCAUAAUAUUUGUCGAGAUCAUAGGUGACUUAAAAACAAUUGUAAUAAAAUUAAACUUUUCGACGCUAAGA